GUGUAGUUAAACUUAGCUGACAGCCCAACCGGUUCUGCACAGUCCUCUCGCGGAAAACAAAUCCACCGAGAUGUCCUCCUGGUGGGGGCAGCUCUCUGAGUCGGUGAAUAACAGCACUGUUCGUCUGGACAACACUAGCUGCUUCAGUUCCACGCAGAGCACCGUACUGAAGGGAGUGAAUUUUGGAGGAAUUCCUGUCGUUCUGCUGCUUGACUUUACAGUCUUCAUAUUGCUGCUUUCGAUCUUCACUCUGAUCAGAAGAAAACUGUGGGAUUAUGGGAGACUCGCUCUUGUUGCGGAGACUGAUGUGUUUGGCGAUGGUAGAAAACGGCGUUACAGUAGAUUGACGUCAUCCAUGUCUGUUGAGGAGCCUGAAUAUGAAAAGGGUUGUUGCUCCUGGCUCACGUUUAUCGUCAAUAUGGAUGAGACUUUGGUGCAGGAGAGAUGUGGUGUGGACGCAGUACAUUAUCUGUCCUUUCAGAAGCAUCUGGUCACUCUGCUCUUGAUCAUCUGUGUGCUGUCUGUGUCCAUCAUCCUGCCAGUCAAUCUAUCCGGGGAUCUGCUGGGCACUGAUCCCUACAAUUUUGGACGGACCACCAUAGGGAAUCUUCAGCAUGAUGAUAAGCUGCUUUGGCUGCACACUGUGUUUGCAGUUCUGUAUCUGAUGAUCACGGUGUUCCUGCUGAGGCGCUACACCUCGAAAAUGAAGGGAACCAAGAGAGAGAUUGUCAGAAACACCCUGUUUGUGAGGCCUUUACCCAGAACAUCCACUGAUGACAGUAUAAAAACUCACUUUAUGGAGGCCUACCCGUCAUGUCACGUGACUAGUGUUAACUUGUGCUAUGAUGUUGCCAAACUGAUUGAUGUGAACAAAAAUAGAAAACGGGCUGAAAAGAACCUGCGGCAUUAUAAUAGGAUACUGCAGCAACUGGGACGACGUGAGCUUAUUAACCCUCGUCCAUGCAGCCAUUUAUGCUGCUGCUGCCAACGCUGUCAGGGUUGUGAAGAGGUUGACGCUAUAGAGUUCUACAGCUCACAAGAAGCUGCUUUACAUGAAGAGGAAGUGAGACUGAAGCAGGGAGAGCUGCAUCCCCUGGGCAUGGCUUUCGUCACCCUGCAAAAUGAGUAUAUGGCCACUUAUAUUCUGAAAGAUUUCAACGCUCUUGAGUGUGGAGGCGGAGCCAGGGGUGUGGUUGGAGAAGAAAUGAGCAGGGGGAUUAAAUGUGGGUGUGGCCGGGAGCCUCAGCCGUCCACUAGAAGUGCAGAGCUGGGGGUGCCGAAAUGGAAAGUGAAUUAUGCAUCUCACCCGCAUAAUAUCUACUGGGAGAAUUUAUCAGUUCGUGGCUGGCGUUGGUUGCUGCGCUGUGUGUUGCUGAAUACCGCACUCUUCGUCCUCCUGUUCUUCCUCACAACGCCCUCCAUCAUCAUCAGCACCAUGGACAAGUUUAACGUCACCAUGCCCAUUUACUAUCUCAAUAGUCCCAUUAUCAGCCAGUUCUUCCCCACUCUGAUGCUGUGGACUUUCUCUGCCCUGUUGCCCACUAUAGUCUAUUACUCUACACUGGGAGAAGCUCAUUGGACCAGGUCCAGUGAGAAUAUGAGCAUGAUGUACAAACUGUACACCUUCCUGAUCUUCAUGGUGUUGAUUUUGCCAUCGCUGGGCCUCACCAGUUUGGCCGUGUUUUUCCGCUGGUUGUUUGAUAAGCAGUCUGAAGGCCAGCUGAGGUUUGAGUGUGUGUUUCUAGCUGAUCAGGGUGCGUUCUUUGUGAAUUAUGUGAUCGCGGCGGCUCUGGUGGGCUCUGGUAUGGAGCUGCUGCGGUUGCCAGGUUUACUGCUCUACAUUGUGCGUUUGGCACUUGCAAGUUCAGCUGCUGAGAGGAAAUAUGUUAAACAGAAUCAAGCGUACGAGUUUCAAUACGGCGCGAUGUAUGGAUGGACUCUGUGUGUGUUCACGGUCAUCAUGGCAUACAGCAUCGUCUGUCCUCUCAUCGUCCCCUUCGGUCUGCUGUAUCUGCUGCUGAAACACCUGGUGGACAAACACAACUUGUAUUUCGCUUACCUGCCUGCCCGCCUUGAUCGCCAGGUUCACCUGGGAGCUGUCAAUCAAGCACUGGCUGCACCAAUCAUAUGUCUGAUCUGGCUUUAUUUCUUCUCUGUGCUCAGGACAGGCUUCAUGACGGGCACCUCAUUGUUCACGCUAGUGGUUUUGUGCAUUACCGUCUUUAUCUGCAUAAGUUACACCUGCUUUGGACACUUCAAAUACCUCAGUCCACACAACUACAAUGUUAAAGAGGAAGAUGAAGAUGCUGAUAUAGUUUCAGAGAACUCAUCCGGAUUGGUUUAUCUUCCUAAAGUGUUGAACCCUGAUGCAUCGUUUGAGUCUUCAGACGAGUGCAGCCCUAGUCAUUCAUACGGGACGACAGACAUAAGUCCACAAUUCAUAGGGACUGAGGAAAGCUCUCCAGACUCGGAUAUAUAGCAGCAAUAAUCAGGCGGCGUAUCGGACAAUCGCUGGUCUGGAGGAAACAGUUAUUCGCAGAUUUAGGAGCUGGAGAGGUCAGUUUGGAGACGGAGGGGGAUUGACUGAAAAAGAUUCUGAAGGGAAAUAACACUCAUGUUUUUCAUGAACACUGAAAGACCAGAGGAACAAUAAUCAUAACCUGCCAUAUAACAAAUAUUAAGGAUUUUUCGGGGGAAUCAGUACUUUAUAACCAAAGAAUUGCCAGUUCAAGACACAGUCCAAACAUUUCUGCAUUGCAGAAGCAGCUUUGCCAGUGAGCGCUUUCCAAAUAGCACAAAUAUAACAUCAAAAAUUAUUUGAACACUUGAUGCUUGUGCCUUGUUGGAGACAACUUAACACACUUUAUAACUGUACGUUUUUGUGUGUGUGAUGCAUUGGGAUUUUUUUAAAGCCAAGUUUUAUACAGAUGUGUUAAUAUAUUGAUAUUAACAAACAGA